GACACUGUGGGGGUGAGGAGGGGUGAGGAGGGGUGAGGAGGGGGAUUAAUGUGUCUUUUGUAAAACACUCGUGGGGGGGGUGUUCGCUCGGACACAAAGAGGAGACAUCAGCAGGUCAACAUCAAGCUGAUCGCUGCGCACACACACACACACACACACACACACACACACACACACACACACACACACACACACACACACACACACACACAUACACACACACACACACAUACACACACACACACACACACACACACACACACACAUCAUUAACAGGGAAUAAAGUUAGUCUGUGUCUGUGUGUGUGUGUGUGUGUGUGUGUGUGUAUGUGUGUGUGUGUGUGUGUGUGUGUGUGUGUGUGUGUGUGUGUGUGUGUAUGUGUGUGUGUGUGUGUGUGUGUGUUGCCCCCGGCGACAUCUGUCUCUUCAUGGUCAUGUGACCUCAGAAGCCUGAAUGACUUUUGUUUUGGGGGAGGGGGCGUCUGCCUGCUAUCAACCAAUCAGAACACAGACAGACUCCAACAACCUGCUGCUCCGAAGUGACGGACCGCCGUAAAGAUUUAAGGGGGGGGGGGUUUAACGACAGCAGGUGAUUGGUCAGAGUCGGGCUGGGCGAUAAAACGAUAACGAUCAAACAUUAAUUUCCCUGUUUCUUCUUCACUACAGACCAAAAGUUUGGAGGCACGGCCGUUUCAGGACGAACAGUCGGAGUAACUUCAAGUUUUUGUUCACAGUCUUUUUUUAACUCCAGUUUGAUGUAUUUUGGGAUGUAUUUGAUCAGAUGUUGUUUCCAUGGAAACGCACCAUUUUACUCCAUUUACCUUUAGAUAUACAUCGAUGUUAACAGACCAUUGCUAAAUAUUUGUCAGCUAAAGAUAAUAAGGGCUUAGUUUUAGGGUCGAAAACAUUUGCAAGAGUCACAAAAAAACAACAAAUCACAGUUGGAUUAUUCACUUCAACGUUUUGUCUUUUGAGAGUCUGCAGACAAAAAUCCUAAUAAAUCUAAACUGAGUUCAAACUACCGCAAAAAUGACCAGAAAGAAGCAACUGAGUAAAGAAACAAAAGUACAGAUUUGUACAUCGAGGAAAGAAGGAAACACAGAAAGAGAAAAAGAGAUAUGAGUGGACAAAAGCUCACAAAAACUGGACUAAUGAUGAUAGAAACAAGUUUGAACUGUUUGGUUCCAAACUCAGAGUCUAUGUCCGCAGACAAACUGGUGAAGGUCUGAAAGCUCCAUGUGUUACACCCACAAUUCAGCAUGGAGGUGGUAGUUCAUGGUAUGGGGAUGUUUAUCAGGUGAUGGAGGAGGAGAUUUGUUUGAAGUAAAGGGUAUCAUGAAGAAGGAACAGUACCACUCCAUCCUCCAGCACCAUGCUGCUCCAUCUGGACUCAGACUUGUGGCUCAUAAGUUUGUUUUGCAGUAAGACAAUGACCCUAAGCUCUCUGCCGAGCUCUGUCAGGGUUACCGAGACAAUAAAGAAGAGGAAGGUGUUCUUCAAAAGAUGGUUUGGCCCCCUCAGUCUCCAGACCUUUCUCCAUCUGAGCUUGUGUGGAUGAAUUGGAUCGAUCGGUCAGAAAAACUCAUCCCACGAAUCAGCGUCUCUUUUUAAUGAACUUAAGAAAGCUUGAAUGUAAUCCCUGGAACAGACCUUAGAAAACUUGGUGAACAAAUGCCUGGAAUAUGCCGAGCUGUUGUUAAAGUCAGAGGAGGUAACUUUAAAGAAAGUCUAACAACAAAAACUCAAAUACCUCAGAAUUAUAGUCAGAAUGUCUUCAGAUCAGUUACUCUUUACACAACAGUCAUGGUUACUGUGUUGGAAAUUAUAUUUAUGAAACUAUGAUCUUUGUUUUAUACUAAUCUGAUCUUCUUCCAAACUUUUGGCCUGUAGGGGGGGGGGGGCACACGCCUGUUUCAUGUAUGUGUUUAUGUAACGUGUUUCCACGUUUGUGUGUCUGUAACCUGCCGAGACAAACUUCGCUCUGAGCGUCACUUCAGCAGAUUUAGACGUGUGAACGCGGCGAGGCGAAGUCGACACGUCCUCUUCCUCUCAAGUCAGCCCAAAAGGCAAACAGCACAAUGACCAUGAGGCUGUGUGUGUGUGUGUGUGUGUGUGUGUGUGUGUGCACGGUCAGAUCAUAUUAAACCUUCGACCACACAGCGCGGGAUCACGUCUCACUUUCAGCUCUUUCUUUCCUUCUUUUCUUCUUUGUGUGUUUUUGAUCAGGGCAUUACUCCCCCCCCCCCCCCCCCGUCACACCUCUUAUUAAAGCCUGUUUUGUCCCACGCCCUCCUCCCCCGCCCCAGCUCUUGGUAUUCAGCCCAGGUCAGCAGAUUUCGGCCCGGCCCACCGUGGCUCCCCCUUUUUAAUUUGCACCUGUUGCGCAGUUGUCGUGGAAGGAGGGGAGGAGGGGAGGAGGGAGGAGGAGGGGAGGAGGAGGGGGAGGAGGAGGGAGAGGAGGGAGAGUGUGUGCAGACAAAGAUGAUAUUAUGAGCGGAUAUUCAGAUAAUCUGUGGGGGGGGGGUCUUGUCUGAAAAUCUGAAUCAGUUUUUUUCUUCGACGCGGUUUAAUAAUAAAGACCUCGCCUUCUUUCUUAUGAUGUCAUCCUGCUGUCAUUCAAGCCCCGCCCCCAUUUCACAUAAACAUAAACAACUCUGUCACCAUCUAAAACCCUGACGACACACACACACACACACACACACACACACACACACACACACACACACACACACUACAACUUUUUUCAGAGUUAGUUCUUGAUUUUUGUUUGUUUUUGUUUGUUUUUUUUGUGUUUGUUUUUGUUUGUUUUUGUUUGUUUUUUGUUUCUUGUUUGUUUUUGUUUGUGUUUUUUGUUUCUUGUUUGUUUUUUUUGUUUCUUGUUUGUUUUUGUUUGUUUUUGUUUGUUUGUUGUUUUGUUUGUUUGUUUGUUUUUGUUUGUUUUUGUUUGUUUUUUUUGUUUCUUGUUUGUUUUUGUUUGUUUUUGUUUGUUUUUUGUUUCUUGUUUGUUUGUAUUUGUUUGUUUUUGUUUCUUGUUUGUUUUUGUUUCUUGUUUGUUUUUGUUUGUUUGUUUUUGUUUGUUGUUUGUUUUCAUCCUGCAGUCAUUGACAGUAAAAAGUUUUAGUUUGUUUGUUUGUUUUUGUUUGUUUUUGUUUGUUUGUUUUUGUUUCUUGUUUGUUUUUGUUUGUUUGUUUGUUUUUGUUUGUUUUUGUUUCUUGUUUGUUUGUUUGUUUGUUUCUUGUUUGUUUUUGUUUCUUGUUUGUUUUUGUUUGUUUGUUUUUGUUUGUUUGUUUGUUGUUUGUUUACAUCCUGCAGUCAUUGACAGUAAAAAGUUUUUUGUUUGUUUGUUUUUGUUUGUUUUUGUUUCUUGUUUGUUUUUGUUUCUUGUUUGUUUUUGUUUGUUUGUUUGUUUGUUUCUUGUUUGUUUUUGUUUGUUUUUGUUUGUUUGUUUCUUGUUUGUUUGUUUGUUUGUUUGUUUGUUGUUUGUUUACAUCCUGCAGUCAUUGACAGUAAAAAGUUUUUGUUGUUCUGGUUUUUCUUUAGUCCAGAUUCUCUUCACUGUUUUAAACAUGAAGACCUGGACCUGGACUUUGGUCCUGGACUCUGAAGGAUCUCAGGGUUCUGGUCUCUGUUAUGAGGAGAGUUCAGACUCACAGAGUGUGUGUGUUUGUGUGUGUGUUUGUGUGUGUUUCAGUGUGUAACUACGAGGAUGUGGUGGAGACCGGUUCUGAGACGGAUGAGGAGGACCGGACUCUGGUGUCGGAGGACAGCGGUCUCCCUAAUGAAGGAGGAGGGGGCGGGGACGAGGAGGCGGGCAGCCCGGUUGGCGUCCCCUCUCCGGAGGCGUCGCCGCGGGUCGCUCACGCACUGCUGUCCUACCAAGAGACCUCUGAGGAGCGGGACCAGAACCAGAACUGGAGGCUAGGAGACACAGAGACUCCUCUGAACAGCUCAGGUGAGUCACAUGACCUCCAGUCCGCCGCCUGAUGUCACAUGACCUGGAUCAGCUGAUCACCUGUCAGAGGGGGGGUAAAGAUGUGCUCUCUCUUUCAGGUGACAGGAUGAUGGAGGAGGAGUUUGAGGCUCUGGGUCAGGAGGCGUCUCUGCGCAGCGUGGAGAACGGAUCAGGUGAGACGGUUCAUCAGGUAAAAGGAAGUGAUGUCAUCAGCCAGGUGCUGCAGAGACAGAUGAAGCUACAGGAGCCUGUGAGGACAAAAAGAGGAUUUUAGGACGAAUGGAGGCGAGCAGCUGAGGCGUGGUCGUGUUUGUGUCGUUCAAGAACGAUUCGUUCAAAAGAACCAACGUGAACUGAGUCACUCUGAGAACUGAUUCGUUCAUUUCUCACUUCCUGGCGUGGCGGUCGGGAGCGGAACUGACGCCUUUGACUCUUUGGCCAACAACACACAGUCAGCGAGCGGGUGGGCGGAGUCUCGUGAUUCACUUACAGCGAAUGAACAACAUGAAUCAGUCAGACUGAACGAAACGAACGACUUUAUUCAGGCAGAAGAGGGAGGAGUGUGUCGUCGUUCACUUCCUGCUGAGCAGCGGUUGGAUAAGAUAAAUCAGGUCAUUAUGGCGCCUUUACAUUAAAACACGUGUUUAAACUUUUCUGUAAGAAGAUUUAAUUUCAGACGAUUUAAAGAAAUACGACAUUUUAAUCUUUAAAGUAUCUGAAUCCUCGCUACAGCUGACAUCUUUAUUUUUAAUCUCGCCACUUUUCUACGAUAUAAAAGAACAACGACUCGCGCUCGUUUAGCGGCGUGCUGCUCGUUUUUCAGGGCGGGGGAGUGACUCUUCCUUCAGGACUUGGCGAAUGAACGACAUGUGACUCGCUGACUCUGAUGUUUCGAACGGCGUCCCUGAACGCAUCAUCUCUCUGUUUCUUGUCCAGGGAAGCGCUUGGAUGGCGUCUCCGAGCUGAGCGAGUAUUUCCUGAAACGGAAAUUGGAGGAGAACGACGGUCACCCGGCAACCAUCGCCGAGUACCUGCAGCGCAGUGACACCGCCAUCAUUUACCCAGAAGCCCCUGAGGAGGUGACACGGCUGGGAACGCCUGAGGCCAUUGGCCAGGAAGAAAGUGAUCACGGUGAGGGGCGGAGCCAAAAGGAGGCGGGGUUGAACACACACAAACUUUUAACGACUUCCUGUUGACUCAUCAGCCAUCUUUGACCUUUGACCUCUGUCUGCAGACCUGCUGUCGUGCACGCCUGACGACUUCGCCGCGCUGCUCACCUGUCCGUACUGCGACCGCGGCUACAAGCGCCUGACGUCUCUGAAGGAGCACAUCAAGUAUCGCCACGAGAAGAACGAGGCGAGCUUCAGCUGCCCGCUGUGCGCCGACACCUUCAGCCACCGCGCCCAGCUGGAGCGUCACAUGACCGCCCACAAGCCACCCCGAGAGCAGGUACAGGCCCCGCCCCCUUUUUCUUCUGUGGUGUCUAAAAAAGUUCCAUGAUGUCAGAGAUAGCUGCUCUUUCAUAACGUGGUCACGAUCACAUGACGGCGUCCUGAGCGUUCGCCACGUUAUCACACACACACACACACACACACAGACACACACACACACACACAGACACACACACACACACAGACACACACAGACACACACACACACACACACGCACACAGACACACACACACACACACAAAAACAGACACACACACACACACACACACACACACACACACACACACACACACACACACACACACACACACACACACACACACAAACAGACACACACACACACACACACACACACACACACACACACACACACACACACACACACAGACACACACUUUGUUCUGCUCGUCAUAUUCAGUUUCACUCUGACCGGGUUAACGGUUCUUCUUCUUCUUCUUCUUCUUCUUCUUCUACUUCUUCUUCUUCUUGUUUUUUUUUGGUCUGUGAUCACGUCUGUGUCGGCCAUCUUUGUUUUUUUUUUUUUUACUUUAUUCUGAAACUGUUGAACUCUUCGCUCACAGAGAGACUCCGCCUCUCUGAAGGUCCGUCUGUGACCAGGUCAUGUGACUGACCUGUUGGACCUUCACCUUCACCUGUCUGUCUAUGUGUAUCUGUGUGUCUGUGUGUCUGUGUUUGUGUGUGUCUGUGUGUGUCUGUGUGUGUGUGUGUGUCUGUGUGUGUGUCUGUGUGUGUCUGUGUGUGUGUGUGUGUGUGUGUGCGUGUGUGUGUCUGUGUGUGUGUGUGUGUGUGUGUCUGUGUGUGUGUGUGUGUGUGUGUUUGUGUGUAUGUCUGUGUGUGUGUGUGUGUCUGUGUGUGUCUGUGUGUGUGUGUGUGUCUGUCUGUGUGUGUGUAUGUGUGUCUGUGUGUGUGUCUGUGUGUGUCUGUGUCUGUGUGUGUGUCUGUGUCUGUGUGUUUGUGUGUGUGUGUGUCUGUGUGUGUGUCUGUGUCUGUGUGUGUGUGUGUAUGUGUGUGUGUGUGUGUGUGUGUCUGUAUGUGUGUCUGUAUGUGUGUGUCUGUGUGUGUGUCUGUCUGUGUGUGUCUGUGUGUGUGUGUCUGUAUGUGUGUCUGUCUGUGUGUCUGUCUGUGUAUGUCUGUGUGUGUGUGUGUGUGUGUGUGUAUGUGUGUCUGUAUGUGUGUCUGUCUGUGUGUGUCUGUGUGUCUGUGUGUGUGUAUGUGUAUGUGUGUGUGUCUGUCUGUGUCUGUAUGUAUGUGUGUCUGUGUGUUUGUCUGUGUGUCUGUGUGUCUGUAUGUGUGUGUGUCUGUGUGUGUGUCUGCCUGUGUGUGUGUGUGUGUGUGUGUGUGUCUGUGUGUGUGUGUGUGUGUGUCUGUGUGUCUGUCUGUGUGUGUCUGUGUGUGUGUGUAUGUGUGUCUGUGUGUGUGUGUGUCUGUCUGUAUGUGUGUGUCUGUAUGUGUGUGUGUGUGUGUGUCUGUAUGUGUGUGUGUCUGUCUGUGUGUGUGUCUGUGUGUCAUUUGCAUGUCUAACCCUGGGACUCUCCCUUGGCUCCGCCCACACUCUGAGGAAUGUGUCUUUUCUCUAAAUUCCCCGUCCGCUCCUCUUCCUCGCUCUCUAAUCUCCCGUCCCACUCGUCCUCCGUCUCACCGUCCUCUCUCUCUGUUUUCGUUCUCUAGACGCCGCUGCUCAGUGAAGUCGCUGGAAACCGCAAGUUCAAAUGCAGCGAAUGUGGAAAAGCCUUCAAAUACAAACAUCACCUGAAGGAGCAUCUCCGGAUCCACAGCGGUGAGUCGUCCCUCCCCCGACACGCCGUCUGACUCGCCUUAUAACUCAUCAGCCCCGAUUCUCUCGGUGACUCAUGACAUUUUUUGUCGAGUCAUUCGACCCGUUUCGUGUUUGAGAGUCAAAACUGAAACUUUUCUUUGAAUGCAGAGAGGAAAGCUGAUCUGAUCUUUCUCAGUACGUCUGAUUCAACCUCCGACUCUCUUCACUCACAUCACUCUUCAGAUCUGACUCUGACGCUGAAGGUUCAUUUCUGCUGACAGACCCGAAACAAAAAAAACCCCACGCCGCGGUUCUGGACCGACAGCCGCCGUAUGACCUCCACAUUCAGAAUCUGGGCCUGAAACGACUUCAGGUGUAAAAAUAUCCGAUACAUAUGGAGACGCCAAAGUUUGACUUAAACCCUCCCCCUCCUCCAACCGUCUGUUACCAUGGUAACAUGGUAACCAGAUGAUCACACAGACACAAGAGACCACAUGGUGAUACCCGACCAAUUAUCUCAACCAACAUGAAUUAAGAGGGGCGGGGCUAAACAUCACCUGUUACCCCCAAUUUUCACCGCAUCUGGAACGGCAGCGAUUUUUGCCGUCCGCCAAUUCCUACCAGAUCCGUUUGUGAGACGAAUUUUGUGGUGGAUUACAGACAGCAGUAAUCGUGAGAACUCACGAAAACUCGUGGAUUCACGUUCAAUCGCACAAUAACAAGUCGUCUCUAAAAAGACAGACACAUAGACAUAUAAGCAGUAGAUCCUUCCAGAGCUGAGCUUCAGCUCGACAACACGCUGAAGUUAGGCUAGCACCAUGCUAAUAUGCUGAUUAUAAAGGUGCUAAUCCUGCUAGCUCAGUGUUAGCAUGCUAACAUGACUCUACAGUUACCAGGUGGUUUUCUAUUGUCAUGACUGUUAUUUCUACAGUUAUUGACAAGUUGACCAGAUGGUGGCGCUGCCUGAUAAAUCAAUAACACUCUUUUAGUUCAUCUUUAGAAGAUUAGAAUGUGAAGUAAAACUCGCUCUGAUUGGCUGAGAGCAUCGGUGAUCCGACGGCACAAACUCAGAGCUCAUCGUCUUUAAAACCACCUGAUCAGCUGAUCCUCACUGUGACCUGAACUGAACCAUGGUUCUGACAUGACUGGUUCUGGUUCUGGUUCUGACAUGACUGGUUUUGGUUCUGGUUCUGGUUGUGAGUGACUCUUCCUGUGGUUGUUUUUCAGGUGAGAAACCCUACGAGUGCUCCAACUGUAAGAAGCGCUUCUCUCACUCCGGUUCCUACAGUUCUCACAUCAGCAGCAAGAAAUGCAUCGGCCUGAUCGCCGUCAACGGCCGAGUUCGCAACGGAAACAGCUGCAAGCCUGGCUCCUCCCCCAACUCCUCCAGGUCAUCACCUGGAAGCCCCGCCUUGACCCAACUCCGCAACAAACUGGAAAAUGGCAGAUCCCUGGGCCUCCAAGACCAGCAGGGUCAGCUGGACAUCAAGGCGGAGCCGAUGGACUUCAGUGAGUACCAGCUGCUGAUGGCAUCCCAGCACGGGUUUGGAGGACCCGGGAUCUACCUGAACGGCUGUGAAGGAAGUCCACUGGGUCUCCAUGGUUCCUCCCAGAGCCCCCUGCAGCACCUGGGGGGCCUGGGUCUGGACUUUCCGAUGUUGGGCUAUGCAGGGACUCUGGGGAACAACCUGAGUGAAGUCCAGAAGGUGCUGCAGAUUGUGGACAACACCGUGUGUAAGCAGAAGAUGGACGGAAGCCCAGAGGAGAUCUCCAAGCUCAGGGCCUACAUGAAGGAGCUGGGGGCCCAGAUGGAGGAGCAGAAACUGGUCCAGGCUGGUUUUCAGGUGGUGGGUCACAGCAGCCCCACCAAGAACAUCAUUGACUUUACACUGGAGAAGGUCAACGAGGCCAAGAGCCUGAUCCACGACUCCAAGAGGCAAGUAGACAUCAAGAAGGAGAAACCAAACCCCUCAGUGGACCUCGGCAGUGAGGAGAAACCCCAGGAUUUCCAGAACCAGUUCCUGCAGUACUCGUGCCAGUUCUGUAAGGAGACCUUCUCCGGGCCGAUCCCCCUGCACCAACACGAGCGUUACCUGUGCAAGAUGAACGAGGAGAUCAAGGCGGUCCUCCAGCCAUCCCAGACCAGUUUUACCAUCCACAGGGGGGUAGCUCACUCCGAACUGUCCAUCAGGGACCAGACCACCAGCCCCAUGGACCCCCUUAAAGACCACGUGUCUGUGCUGAAGGCCUACUUUGCAAUGAACACUGAGCCCAACUCAGAAGAACUGCUAAAGAUCUCACUGGCUGUGGGGCUUCCUCAGGAGUUUGUGAAGGAGUGGUUCACCCAGUGGAAGAACCAGAACCAUGGAGGUGGUCUGAGGAAAGACUCCCCCCCUCCUGACCACGCUGGAUCUGAUGGUAUAAGCCAAUCUCCACUUCCUGCUGUAGACCUCCAUGGAGGUUUCACGAACACGCUCUUAAAGACCAACAGGCCGACCACGGGAGACAAACCACUAGAUCCUCUGGACCACUUCAGGGAGGACACGCCAUCACCCCUGAACCUGUCCUCCUCCACGUCCUCCAAGAACUCUCAGAGCAGCUCCUACACCCCCAACAGCCUAGCUUCUGAGGACACCCAUGGGGACACACCACUGGACCUGUCUCUGCCCAAACACUCGGCGCAGAGACUCGUCUCUCUGAGGGACAAGCGACCCCGGACCAACGGCUUCACCAUCGACCGCAAUGGUGAGGUUCAGGGGCGGAGUCAGGUCUGCGGGCCCUUGGAUCUGGCCAACAUUAAGAAAGAGAUGCUGGGCUCUG